AUGAACCUGUCAUUGCUCAUCAGUCGGGUACAGAUGGGACUCCGAUCCUUUUCUACUUCAUUGACUGUCGAAAACCAAUUACAAGUGAGUUGACAACUGUUCAUGGCUAUAGAGAUUUUAGAAAAUGUUCUACGAGGGAGUUCCGUCUCGAAGACCAAGAUCGUCUGACAAAUCUCCGAUUGCCGGUCAAAACUUUUUCAAAGGAAUUGUCCUUAGGAGUAAGGCUCAAAAUUCAUGAGCCAAGAGAUCAAUGUAUACUGUAACACCUUGAAUUUUCAGCUGUAAUUCGACAUCCCAAGAAACCGAACUCUGGAAACAGAAAGUGUGCAAUCGUCAAACUGAGUAAUGGUAAAGAAGUUUGUGCUUACAUCCCGAGCGAAGGCCACAAUCUUCAAGAACACAGUCAGGUCCUGGUCAAAGGAGGCCGUCGGCGUGAUUUGAUCUCAGUUAAGGCCAACGUUAUUAGAGGCAAACUGGACUGCGCUCCAGUAAAAUCAGCUAGGAAUUAA